AUGUCAGGAUUAAAACCAGAAGAUAUUGAAAAGUAUUUGAAGGACAAUAAUAUUACCGGUUUGGGUUCAGAUGAAGAAUGGGAUGCUGAUGAGUACGACGAAGAAGAUGAUUAUGAAGACGACGCUCCUGCACGUACCCUAGUGCGUGGUGCUGACACCCAGCCUUAUACAACAUCUGUGUUACUCGGAUACCUAGAUGAAGAAGUCGAUGUUGAUAAUGAGUCUUCAGGACCGACUAUUGAAGACAAUUUACUUGGUGGCCGACCAGUGUGGUUCAGCAAAGAUCAACAACCGCCGAAAAAGUACAUGACUUGUGAAGAGUGCAAAAAAGUAAUGCCUUUGCUAGUACAGCUCAGCGCUCCUCUGGAGGGAACUUUUUACGAUAGAGUCUUGUAUGUUUUUGUUUGUGGGUCUCCUGGAUGCAGAAGGAAAUCGGGUGCAGCCAAAUGCGUGCGGGGUGUGCGACGCGACGCUAAGUUAGAGGCGGAGCGGGAACAGGUUGCAUUUGCUGAAGAUGAGACUGCAGCUAAGGCAGCAAAAGAAGAGAGGGAACGCGCUGAGGCAGAAAAAGAAAAGCAAAGAGUUAAAGGUGAAGAUUUAUUUGGCGGUGCUGCUGCUAGCUCGAAUCCAUUUGGUGGCAAUCCGUUUGGUAGCAACCCAUUUGGCAGCAGCCCGUUUGGAGAGAGCAAUCCUUUUGGCAAGAAAGAAGAAGAAAAGGCAAAGCCAUCCACGGAAAAUCCAGUAUUAUCGGCAAACAAGAAGCCUACAUGGGCUCAAAUUGCUUCCAAACCCGCGGCAACGACAUCAUCUACCACCAGUGUUACUGACACUAAGGAAACGGAAGAGACCAAAGAACCAGUUAAAGAAGAAUCAGCAAAAACACCAGUGCUCAAGGAAGAUACUGAUUACGAAAUCAGUGAGCUUCCAACGUUUCCAUCUGCAUAUUAUUUAUAUGUUGAAAACGAAACUUUAGACCCGAAGGCGAGCGAUAAGGCCAACAAGUCAAUCACAUCAUCGUUAUCUCCAGCAGAUUUGAAAAAUCUAUUAAUAAACGAUGAUGAGGGGGAGGUAAAUGAUCCUAAGAGCAAGGGUAAAAACAGAAGCAACAAAUCGUCAACUACCCCUAUGGAAGAGGCAACAAAUCAUGCACUCAAGUCACAAGAUGCUGCAUUCCAAAAGUUUGUUGAUAUUGUGGGCCAAAACCCUGAACAAAUUGUCCGUUACUACCGAACAUCAUCUAAAGGAGGAGCAGAGGACUCUCAUAACCAGCCUCUUUUGUAUUCUGCUCGAGAUUCAGUUGCACGGGCGGUACUUCCUGAGCAUGGUGGCAUCCCUAGCAUUCCUGUGGAUCCCGUCACACGUGAGCCACGAGCAGUGGAGGCCCAAAUUAUGCCAUACGCUAUCUCAGUUUUGGAGGAAGCGUUAGAUGCUAAACAAAUUUUAGAAAAUGGUAUGGAAUGGGGAACUAUCUUUGUGGCUACACCUUUAGUGGACCCAACUGCUAAACAGCUUGGGCCAUCUGGGGUCGGAUACUUUCAAGAUUGGGUUGGAAUUCAGUGGGAGCAGUAG